AUGGAGACGUUAAGAGCUGAAGAGAAACGCCGAAAAACUAAGCAUUUGGAAAUGAGGAAAAACGAUCUAAUAGCGUAUAUGAUCUUCGCUUUUAUUGUACUAAUUAUAGUUUCCAAUUGUCAUGGGUUAUCUACUGGUACUGAUAGGGGAGACUCUCUUCCCUUGGGCGCCUCGCUUUGUGGAAAUCAGACAAUAAUAUCACAGAAUGGCACGUUUGAAUUGGGAUUUUUCAGCCCAAACGGAAGCAAUAACUGGUAUCUUGGCAUCUGGUAUGCCAUAUUAUCAGAGAAGACCAUCGUUUGGGUGGCUAAUAGGGAGAGCCCAGCGAAGAAAAAGCCUGGCGUUUUAAAGCUGUCAAAAGAAGGUAAUCUGGGACUUUUUGAUGCACAGGGCACGUCUCUUUGGUCGGCCAACACAUCGAACAAGCCGUCGCGCGCUGUGCUGUUAGAUUCUGGUAAUUUUGUGAUGCUGAACGACUACCAUGAAUCUAAGCCUCUUUGGCAGAGUUUCGACUAUCCUGUAGAUUCCUGGUUGCCUGGGAUGAGGUUCGGUGGACAGCAAAAGCUAAUCGGUUGGAAGAACUCAAUGGAUCCGGCUCCUGGGCUUUUCUCCAUUCAGUUCGAUCCAUCUGGAGCUACACAAUUCGUGCUAACAUGGAACAAUUCUGUCCAGUAUUGGAAGAGUGGAACUUGGGAUGGCAAAAUUCUGAGCGCGCUUCCUGAACUGAUAAACGGAGAGUUGUACAAUGUCAGCCUUGAAAGAACUAGCUCUGGUUUGUAUGUAAGUUAUACAGUGCUGGGCGUGGUCUCAGCUUUUCUCAAAAUUAAGUCGGGAGCAAUACAAACAUUAUCUUUGUUUGAUGACGCUAAACCAUUCAUGAUAGGGAGAAGCCCCACAGAUCAAUGCGACGUAUAUGGUCUUUGUGGCGCUUAUGGAAGCUGUAACUCCGACAACCUUCAGUCCUGCAGCUGCGUGGAAGGUUUUUCACCGGCAGACCAGCGCGCCUGGGACUCACAUGACUGGUGGUCAAGUGGCUGUGUUCGGCAGAGCCCAUUAACCUGCAGUUCCCAAAAAGGCAGCACUGACGAAUUUAUCGACUCUGGUGCAACGUUGCCUGACGAUUCAGCUUCGUCAUACCCUGCACCCACAAAGGUAGAUUGCCAGAAAGCCUGCCUUCGCAACUGCUCGUGUACUGGGUUUACAUUCAAUUCUCCUUCAGGGCCCUGCAGAAUCUGGUCCGGAGAUUUGCUAAACAUCCAGAAGAGCAGAUCGACUGUCUCCAUUCGAGUAGCACUUGCAAAGUUUCAUAAACCACCGUCCUCCUCCAAAGUCAAAACCAUAAUUGUUGUGAGUGCUCUCGCUCUCGCUUUGAUUAUCUUUUUAUUUUUAAUGUGGCAGAGGUAUCGGCUACGACAACGAAUGGAUAUGUGUGAAGAUUCUUCAGACUCUUCUCUAAGAAUGUUUAGUUACAAGGAGUUAAAGAUUGCAACAAUAAAUUUUAGGUCUAAGUUGGGGAGCGGAGGAUUUGGCUCAGUGUUCAAAGGAUCUCUAAGAGACGGCACGCUUGUGGCCAUAAAGAAUUUAGAAGCUUCAAAACAACAUGAGAAGGAAUUCCGAGCGGAAAUCAGUUCUCUUGGCAGCAUACAACAUGGGAAUUUGAUCAGGCUUCGAGGGUUUUGUGCUGAAGGAUCCAGAAGGUUGUUGGCUUAUGAUUACAUGCCCAAUGGCUCUCUAAAUUCCUUGCUGUUCAAAAGUAAACCGAAGGUUCUUGACUGGAAGACCCGAUUCCAGAUCGCUUUAGGAUUUCUCGAUGAAAGUAUCUCCAAAAGUAAACCAAAGGUACUUGACUGGAAGACCCGAUUCCAGAUCGCUUUAGGCACUGCACGAGGUUUAGUUUAUCUCCACGAAGAGUGCAGAGAUCGCAUCAUUCAUGGAGAUAUAAAGCCCGAGAAUAUUCUUCUGGAUGAUAAUUUUUCACCCAAGUUAGCAGAUUUUGGGUUCUCAAAGCUUGUGGGUAGAGAUUUCAGCAAUGUACUGACCACAACCAGAGGAACGAGAGGGUAUUUGGCUCCUGAGUGGAUCUCCGGUCUUCCCAUCACUUCCAAAGUUGAUGUGUACAGUUUUGGUAUAACGCUCUUGGAAAUAGUUUCUGGCCGAAGAAGUCUGGAUUUAAGCGUGCAAGAUUCAAGUCAGUAUUACUUUCCCGCAUGGGCUGCAGCUCAAAUUUGCCAGGGGAGGAUGAUUAAGAUUGUGGACGAAAGUGUUGCAGCGGAGGCAGAUGUUGAAGAGCUGAGAAGAGCUAUUGUUAUUGGAUUGCUAUGCAUAGAAAGCGAGGAGGAGAUGAGGCCAAGCAUGGGGCAAGUGCUGCGGAUGCUGGAAGGGAAGAUGGAGCUCAAACUCCUCCGAUGCUGAAUUUUGCAGUCGUAGAAAACCAAGCCAACCGAACCGAGACUGGGACUGAUAACGAUAGCAAUGACAAUGUUGUAGAAUAAUGUAAAGAGGGUAUGCAUUUUAAGCUUGUAGAAAAGCUAGGAUGUAUUUUAA